UAUUGCGAUUCCGGAGUGACUGCAGCACUCGUCCAGUUGUACACUGCGAGCCGACCUGUCGCCUAUCGGCGGGUGUUGCCGAGCGACGUCACCAGCGGAAAAUGUAUUUUUCACGAGAUGGAAUUUUGUCGUCGGCGCGCCGCGCUGUCCAAGUGGAUGCGGGACGGUGGCGCGUUCGUUCGGCCGGCGGCGCUCCAAUGGAAAACGCACCAGCGAGGCGGCGUCGUCAACUUAAUCAUGCCCAUGAUGGACGUGUUUAAGUCAUAUCUUCCCAGGAGCACCGCUGACUUGUCCUUCGGAGGUUACGACACCGGCUUCUUUCCUCGGUCACCGAUGGAGACUGCUAAGCUGAUGGUCGGAUGCUGGCGUUAUCUUCAUGACAUUGUGCCCACCAUUCCUGCCCCGAUGCUGCAGGAUCAGAUCUUGAAGAACUUGGCGCAGAAAAACGGAGAUGACCUACAGUCUGCUUGCUUGGCCCUCGUCUCCAAACUGUGCAGUUUGCUGACGAAGAAGCGGGAGUCCUUCCGGUGCCAGUUCACGAUUGGCGAAGAAACGCUGACACUCAAAUUUCCCGAUGUCCCUGAGGUGGAACAACGAGACGCCGCUCAGUCCGGCUCGGUGGAAAAGGUGGACUGCGCUUCGCAAACGUCCGAAGACAGCGAAGAGGCUGACUGCUCACCACAGGACGUUGGCGGACUUCAGGGCGCCCAGGGUCAUCCUGCUGGUUUCGGAUUCCCGACACCUCCAUGGGGCGCGUAUGGGCCAAUGUGGGCUCCGUAUAUGUAUACCGCUCCGAUGAUACCAAUGUAUAUGGGGGGUUUGGGUGUCAAUACACAAGGUUGUUCUUGUUCUUGCGGCAAGGCUGCUGGGGUGGGUACACAAAAGGGUUGCACUAAGUGAAGCUGAGGGUGGGAAAACACACUGUACU